AUGAUUGCUGGUGAGUUGGGAGAGAAUGCCAAUGGAGCUGGGAUUGGUGCUGACAGACAAUUGGGGAGAUUUCAGAGGAACGAUCCUCCGUUGUUCAAGGGCACACAUGAUCCUGAAGGCGCUCAAAAGUGGUUGAAAGAAAUCGAGAGGAUUUUCAUAGUGAUUGAUUGUGCUGAGAACUUGAAGGUGAGAUAUGAUACUCACAUGCUAUCUGAGGAAGCUGACGACUGGUUGAUUGCUACCAAGACAGAGCUAGAUACUGAUGGAAUAACAAUUACUUGGGCUGUGUUCAAGAAGGAAUUUAUGAGGAAAUACUUUCCUGAGGAUGUUCGGGGAAGGAAGGAGAUCAAGUUUUUAGAGCUGAAGCAAGACAAUAUGACAGUUCCAGAGUAUGUUGCCAAGUUUGUAGAGUUGGCAAAGUAUUACACUCCUUACAACAAUGACGAGGCUGCUAUUAAUGCUGAUGACCUGGCAAUGACUGCUAGACAAGUGAAUGAAGCGGUCAAAGACGGUGCAACGAAUGUAGUAGAACAAGUAGAUGGAGCCUUUGAAGUAGCUUCGGAAUUUGGUUUGCCGAAAAUCUUAGAGAGGUUGAGAUUGAAAGUGAUUUAG